AAUUUCCAAAUUUUGAUCUUUCUUUUUCAAUAACCCGAUUUGAUAAUUUCCUAAUGUUGUGGUUCAUUGCAAGAAAAAAGUAGAAAGUUUUCAACAAAAAAUGGCAGUUUCUUUUUCUGGGUUCCCGUGGUGGUUUCGGAGUGUUGGGAAGAAAGAUAAACAGCUUAUUUCAAAUGAGUCUUCUUUGAUUUCUUCAUCGUCUUCUUCUGACACAGUUAAAUUCCAAACAAAGAUAUCCCCUUCAAAGGGAAAGUGGCCAGUUGGUGAGAAGACAAGGGUGGUUCAAUCGGAUGGUUUGCUUUUAUCUGGACAUGAAUCUGAUGGUCCAGAAUGGUCCAUUGGAUGGGAAGAACCCCAUGGUCCUGGUUUUCAAGUUAAUGAUGAUGAUGGUGGUGGAUUUGCUGUGCUGGUUCCUUGUUAUAAGCCUGGUUGCAAAGAACUUGUACAAGGCCCUAAUAACCAUCUCUUGAGUGCAAUCAAGAAUCUCUCCAAUGACUUCUCUUCAGAGGGAAGGGACUCCAUCCAGCAGUGGUUUGCGCAUAAUGCAAGAAAAGGUGUCCGGUACUGGCAAGAGGCAAUGAUCUGCUUUAGAUUCCAGUGGAAACAUGAAGAAAAUGGUUGCUCUUGUUUUUCAGUUUCUGUAAAUAAUUAUGCUGUAAAUAUGCAGUAA